GCCGGCAGCGUGCCGCCGACGGCCUUGUCUACCGUCGCGUAACGAUUCACGCACCACCAAGCCGUAUGACUGUGUGUGACUGAUGAAUCCCCCUCGAAUCACGGUUCGGACAGCACGCAUCACUCAAAUAUACCCAUGCAGGGCUAGUAACCUUGCGUCCUAGGGGUCUGUGGAUCGUACGCAACCCUUCAGAUACAUAUUGGCUAUAUCAAACAAUGGAAUCGUAUUCGCAGGAGACGGAGGUGCAUCCUUCAUACUUGCUCAUGGACGCGGGGAGAACUGACAUCAUGGCCGACCAGGAAGCCCGCUUCCUGAGAAACCUCGCCGUCGCCCCGACGUACCCGGAUACCCUGCUCCACCAGGGCGAGGAUGCUGCGUCGAUCAGAGAGCGACGCGAGCACUACGCCCAGACGAAAGGCCGCAUGUUCGCCGGACUUGCGGGGAAACGGGAGCCGCUGGUGAUCAUCGACUUUGGGACGGCACCUGACUCUGGGAACGACUCCGGUGAGACUCGUCGUCGUCGUCGACGACCAGGCCGGAGGCUGACACGGGGUCCCACUGAUUGAGGUCGCAGGACACGAGCCGGUUUCAAGCUGGAAGCGCAAGGGCAAGCUGUACCUUGUCCGCGACGGGGAGGAGCUUCGAGCAAAGCUAGCUUGGCCGAGUGCGAUUGAGUCCACGACGGAG